AUGGAGGUGGAGGGUUCCGAUAAUUCUCAUGGCAAGAACCGUAAAAGAGGGUUUUCAAGAAAACUUGAUGUCGGUGAAAAAGUGGAGUUGAGGAGUUUAGAGAUGGGUUUUGCGGGAUCAUGGCACCCUGCGACAGUUUUACAGUGCGAGAAGUUGAAGCGCCUCAUCAGAUAUGAAAAUGUUUUGGAUAAUAAUGGUGAGGGUUAUCUUGAGGAAGAAGUAACUGUUUCAAAAGCUUUGGAUGGUGAUACUGAAGACGUAAACUACUACGAGCGUGGGAUCCUUAGGCCGGUGCCUCCUUUGGUUGAUUUUGAGAAAUCAGACCUUAGGUUUGGUCUUUGUGUUGAUGUGAAAUAUGAGGAAGCUUGGUGGGAGGGUGUUAUAUUUGACCACAAUGAUGGAAUGACGAAGAGGACUGUGUUUUUCCCUGAUUUGGGUGAUGAACUACAAGCUGAAAUGCAUCAGAUGCGGAUUACUCAGGACUGGGAUGAAGUUACAGAGGAGUGGGGGCAGCGAGGGAAGUGGGUGUUUCUUGACUUGGUUGAGGAGCUGAAGGGGAAAUUGUUUGUUGCAGUUUCAGCUCAGCAAAUUUGGUAUGAUGUGCGCCUAAAAAGGGAUUUUUUUGAGAUGAUUAGAGAAUGGACAUGUAAUGUGGAGUACUUGUGGAAAAAAGUGGUGGUGGAGGUAGUUAAUGACUACUUAUCUGUUAUGGUAAAAGAAGUUAUCUCGACCUUAAACCUUCCAGGAAGUUUAUUAAAUGAAGCACCAGAGCUGGCUUCUGCUGAAGCUGUGGCUAGUGUUGGUUUAAACACGACCCUGCCUGAUAAGGAAACUCAUGUUAAACAGAUCUUACCUGAGUUUCAAAAAGAAUUUGGUCCCAAUGGUGGUGCUUGUGAAGUAGUUUCAGGUGCUAACUGUUUUGAAGAAAGUACAAGUUCCGACUAUUGGAAACCUGUGAAUUUCUCUGAAGGUGAAUUCUGCCCUGAUGCUGUUAAUGAAUAUCCACGGGCUUCCAAACAUGCAAGGACAUUUUGGUCGGAGAAAUUGCAAAAACAUCUUGUGUACCUUGGAUGGAAAAUUGAGAGGACAAAGAAACGUAACAUUCAACGUUACAGGUAUCAUGUUCCUGAUAAACUGGGCCAUAAAGCUUAUCUUUCACUCCUUGAAGUUUGUAGGGCUAUAAAGAACAACCCCAAUAUGAACUCCUUGCAGUUCCAAAAUGAUCAGAUUAUAAUGCAACAUCCUACAGUUGACUGUCAUCUUUCAGAGGUGCCUCUUAAUCCAUCAGAAAAUAUUCUAACUGUGCCAUUUUCAAUUCAACAUCCUACAGUUGACUGUCAUCUUUCAGAAGUGCCUCUUAAUCCAUCAGAAAAUAUUCCAACUGUGCCAUUUUCAAUGCAACAUCCUACAGUUGAAUGUAAUCUUUCUGAGAUGCCUCUUAAUCCGUCAGAAAAUAUUCCAACUGUGCCAUUUUCUCCUGUUGAAGAUGAACCUGAUUUUUGUCCUCAAGCUAUCAUGCAAUAUUAUAACGCCCAUGUAUCCAAUAAGAAUCGGGUUGAUAAAAGAAAAUGGAUACCGAAAGCAAAGAAUCAUCUGUUAGCAGAAGGAUGGUUUUUUGACUAUCCACCUCCAAAUAAUAAGAAAAGGGGAAUAAUAUACAUGUCUCCACAGAAUCGGAAAUUCCCAACACUCCAUGCAGCAUGCAGAUUUUGUAUCGAAGAAAACACUCCUAAAUGGACUAUGUUUGGCAAUCAACCUGUAAAUGUGUCAAGCAUGAAUGAGGCAAAUGUUGAUCAGCAAUCCCAAAUGCAACUACAAGACCCUGAGUUGCAGGCUAUGGAUGGUACUGCUGCUAGUAGGUCGAGUGUAAAUCGAAAGCGGAAAAGGUUGAGGGAUUCAAAGGCCAACAUACCGAAGUGCCAAAGCAAUGGAUUGCCUCUACGGGUGUUAAGAUCAAGGAAGAGGGUGCAAAAGGUGUCUGUCCCUUCUCUUUUACAUCAAAAACCUUUAAAUGUUAUGUCUUGCUUGAUAGACAGCAACAUCAUCUUACCAAGGUCGAAGGUUUACUAUAAGGAAAAAAGCAGGUACCGUGAAGUCCCUACUUUGGGUGAAGGGAAAAUAACUCACGAUGGAAUUAAGUGUAACUGUUGCAUGAAGAUAUUCAGUUUUGUUGGCUUUGAAAAUCAUGUUGGUGGCAGUAGUACCUGCAGACCCUCUGCUAGUAUUUUUUUGGAAGAUGGUAGAUCACUGUUAGAUUGCCAGAUAGAAAUGAUGCGAAGUCAUAAGACGAAGGAAACUAGCGGAAAAUCAUUCAGUGAUUUGUCUAUAGUUGAGAAUGACUACAUUUGUUCUGUUUGCCACUAUGGCGGUGAACUUAUUUUAUGCGAUAAAUGUCCAUCUUCAUUUCAUAAGACGUGUCUCGGUUUGGAGGAAAUCCCUGAUGGUGACUGGUUUUGUCCAUCUUGUCGCUGCGGGAUUUGUGGCCAAAGGAAAAUUGAUGGAGAUGAGGUUGGACAUUUCCUAACUUGCAUUCAGUGUGAACAUAAAUAUCAUGUUAGGUGCCUGAAAAAUGGAGCUGUAGAUAUAUCAAGAUAUCUUGGAAAUUGGUUCUGUGGAAAAGACUGUGAAAAGAUAUAUGAGGGCCUUCAUAAAUUAUUAGGAAAACCAAUUUCUGUGGGUGUGGACAAGCUAACUUGGACAUUGGUGAAGUUUAUCGACCCUGACCGUUGUGACAGUGGUAGUAUUAAAAGUGACUUAUUGGCAGAAAGUUACUGCAAACUCAAUCUCGCUCUUUCGGUGAUGCAUGAGUGUUUUAAGCCUCUAAAGGAAUCUUUCACUCGCAGAGAUAUUGUGGAAGAUGUUAUAUUCAACAGAUGGUCAGAGCUUAACCGAUUAAGCUUCCAGGGUUUCUAUACUGUGCUACUUGAGAGAAAUGAAGAACUGAUCAGUGUUGCAACUGUUAGGGUCUAUGGGAAGAGGGUAGCAGAAUUACCUCUUGUUGGUACCAGAUUACAAUAUCGUCGACAUGGAAUGUGUCGCAUUUUAAUAAAUGAGCUUGAAAAGAAACUCACACAACUAGGUGUGGAGAGACUUGUGUUGCCGGCUGUUCCUAGUGUGCUAGAAACAUGGACAGGCUCUUUUGGAUUUGCAAAGAUGACUGAUUUUGAGAGAUCUCAAUUUCUGGACUAUACUUUCCUAGAUUUUCAGGGUACCAUCAUGUGCCAGAAGCUGUUGACUAAUAUUCCAUCUAGCGAUUCAGUUUUGUUAAUAGAGUCACAACUAAAAUGUGGUGUAUACCAAAUAGAAGAGACUGAUGAAGGAAGGGUAGUUGAUCAACAAAUGGAGGAAUCCUGUUCAUGCAACAAUGAUCAUGCAAUGGGUGCUAUUGACCCAGUCACUGUGGUGGAGCAACCAAGUUCAUGGAAUCAAGAGAGCCAGAAUGAAACAAGCAGCUCACACGGCUCUAUUGAUGAACAAGUUGACCUGCAUAAGUUCAUCUAUUCACGAAAGAAAUUGAAAAAGACAAGUGAAGGGUUUUAG